UCGAAGGAAUACUGCCAAACUCAACGGGAUGUGCACGAACACAAGGCUAUUAUAAGUUAUCGCAUAAACAAAAGCGUGGCGUGUUACGUCGGCCAGAUAUUUUCUUAACUGAUAUCAAUGAAAAGGAUGAUGAAAAAGCUCGACACACUGUUCAGUCAACACGAGAGGCACGAAGCAUGAAUCGUCGGUUAUUGGCAACAUUGGGCGAAACAUCUUCUGAUAUUCUUAAAGUAAAUCAGCUGAAGUACCGUAAAAAGCUGAUAAAAUUUGCGCGUUCGCGUAUCCAUGGAUGGGGAUUAUAUGCAAUGGAACCGAUUGGACCAGACGAAAUGGUUGUUGAAUAUAUUGGACAGAAGAUACGACCGACAGUAGCGGAUGAACGUGAGAAGGGUUAUGAGAGGCGCGGUAUGGGCUCCAGUUACCUGUUUCGGAUUGAUUCCGAUAACGUAAGUUUGUUUCUAUGUGGCUAG